CCAUGUUCUAGUUUAUGGCAACUGCCAAAAAGUCGGCCAUUUUGCAGGUUUGACGAAAACUGCUACACGUGUUCUGGCAUUAAAAUGGCAGUAACUAAGAAACCCGCGCCUAAAAAGGCCCAAUUGCAUCAAAAGGGUAAGAAGGGAGUCAAGGGUGGUCAAAUCCGCGGUAAAGGAAUGAAAAGAAAAAUCAACUUGAAGUUCACAAUUGACUGCACACACCCCGCUGAGGACAGCAUCUUGGAUGUCGGCAACUUCGAGAAAUACCUCAAGGAGCAUGUAAAGGUUGAGAACAAAACAAAUAACCUAGGAAAUCACGUUGUCAUCGCUAGGGACAAGACGAAGGUUGCUAUCAACGCAGACAUUCCCUUCUCCAAGAGGUACCUGAAAUACUUGACAAAGCGGUACCUCAAGAAGAACAACCUUAGGGACUGGCUGCGUGUGGUUGCAUCUGCUCAUGAUGCAUACGAACUCCGUUACUUCAACAUCAACGCUGAUAGCGAUAAUGAAGACAAUGAAGAUUAAACUGUUGCUAAAUAAAAUAGUUUUACACUAAA